AUGUUCAAGUCCGCUGCCAGAUCUUUCUCUACUUCUCCUGCUGCCGCUUACAAGGUCGCCGUUUUGGGUGCCGGUGGUGGAAUUGGUCAACCUUUGUCUCUUUUGAUGAAGUUGAACCACAAGGUCACCGACUUGGCCCUUUACGACUUGAGAGGUGCCCCAGGUGUCGCUGCCGAUGUCUCCCACGUCCCAACCAACUCCACCGUCAAGGGUUACGAGCCUGAGGGUUUGGAGGAGGCUUUGACUGGUUCCGACGUCAUUGUUAUCCCAGCUGGUGUCCCAAGAAAGCCAGGUAUGACCAGAGAUGACUUGUUCAACACCAAUGCCUCUAUUGUCAGAGACUUGGCCAAGGCUGCUGCUGACUACGCUCCAAACGCUGCUGUCUGUAUCAUCUCUAACCCAGUCAACUCCACUGUUCCAAUUGUCGCUGAGGUGUUCAAGUCUAAGGGUGUCUACAACCCAAAGAAGUUGUUCGGUGUUACCACCUUGGACGUUUUGAGAGCCUCUAGAUUCGUUUCUGAGGUUGCUGGUACCAACCCAGUCGACGAGCACGUUACUGUCGUCGGUGGUCACUCUGGUAUCACCAUCGUUCCAUUGUUGUCCCAAACCAAGCACAAGAACUUGUCUGAGGAGACUAGAGACGCUUUGAUCCACAGAAUCCAAUUCGGUGGUGACGAGGUUGUUCAAGCCAAGAACGGUGCUGGUUCUGCCACUUUGUCCAUGGCUCAAGCUGGUGCUAGAUUCGCCGGUGCUGUCUUGAACGGUUUGGCUGGUGAGCAAGAUGUUGUUGAGCCAACCUUCGUCGACUCUCCAUUGUUCAAGGAUGAGGGUGUUGACUUCUUCUCCUCCAAGGUCACCUUGGGUGUUGAGGGUGUCAAGGCCAUUCACUCUUUGGGUGAGUUGUCUUCCCACGAGGAGGAGUUGGUUAAGAAGGCCAAGGAGACCUUGAUCACCAACAUCAAGAAGGGUGUUGACUUUGUCAAGCAAAACCCAUAA